AUGCAUAGAAACCACAAGCGAAUAAAAGGAACCAACAAACUCAUCGCUCGAAACUUCAGUUUGACUCAGCAAAUUGCAAAUUCGCACUCUUGCAACCCACCACGAACCUGUAAAAGAGAGUGCACGCCAGCAUGCAAUGCGGAUCAGAUAUGCAUAUACAAGAUUGUAACUGAAUGUGGAACCUGUCCACCAACUUACUGUAUAGACGGCAAUCAAUUGCAAGUUACAGCAACUGAUUUCGAAGCAAGUUCUAAUGCUAAUAACGAUCAUCAGCAAACCGCGUUAAUAGCUGGCCUAACAACUGGUCUCGUGGUGCUUGCUCUGAUUGCAGUUACCGUAGCAGGAUUUGUAUUUUAUAGACGACGGAAGCUACAGAAAAUAUUAUUACAACAACAGCAGGACGAGAAAAAAGCCUAUAUACCACCACAUCCACCCAUCAUCAUAUCUGAUAUCAACAGCGUACUACCUCCCCCUCCAUCAGCAUUACAAAGCGCAUCCAUUCUACUACCACCCAUCUCUGAAUAUUCCUCCAAUUCAUCGUCAUCCGCCACCCCCAUUUCAAAUCAUUGGCAUCAACAGGUAUGGAACACAAUCUUCUUUAAGGAGGCUCCUAAAGUUUCCUUUCUUGGAUUCAAUAACAAGAAUCAGGAGCUGGUUAUAGACUCUGUCAAUUACGAUCAUCCCCAAUCACCUUUUAUCAUAGGUGCUCAGUCCCUCCAAAUCCCGCAUCUUGACACACCCGAUCCGUCUAGUCCGUCCAGUACCACGCUAAUUCGACGAUCCCUUAAUAUUCAACCAACGAUAAUCGCAGACAAUGGUGAUUUCUUGAGUCGAGCCUCAUCUGUCAAGGUCACCAAGUAUGACAAUCGCCCUAUACCCGCAACAAAUCGAUUUUAUAAUACACAAAGCGCCGCUAAUGAUGACGGUGAUGACGAUAAGUACAGCAACAGUGGCGAUGAAAACGAAACAGUAAAAAUAAGGAGGGCUGUUUCAGUAAAAAAGAAUAAUUCGACAGCUUCUCAUUCGAGUUCGAUAACCCGUGUUGGUAGUGUCACCUCAGAAGAUGUCAAAGUCGUUUGUGCUAAGCCCACGAUGGUGCGUAUCAAUACUAUAACAAGCAAAGAAGGUGGCAUCACUCGGAAACGAUCUAUUCGUACUGUCAUUGAUCAACAGCAACAACCGCCUUUUCAAGUGUCUUUACAUGAUCCAUCUACUCCCACUGAUGAAGACAAUGAUGCUCAAAGCGAUCGAAUUGAUGUCUACUUUUGUCCACCAGCCCCCCCUCCACCUAUCUUACUUCAUAAUCCAAGUCAAGUAUCAAUACAGAGUUCCAAUUCCUCCUCUACAGUAGGGGAUGGCGAAAUCACUGUGUUUUGGGAACCUGGUCACCACCUUCCUCCUUAA